AAUCUACUACAAUUAUGUUGAUCGUGUUAACAGAUGAAAAGUUCCAGUAUGCUAAAGAUUUUGUGUUUAAGCGUCACCGAUGACACCUCAGGUGUUAAAAGGGUUAAGCCCUCAGGUCUUAGUAAAUGUGAAAGUGAACACUCCCGUGCUGGCAUGGCUCUGAGCUGGUGCAUACUCAUGUUUGAAACUGAGAGAAACGUUGUGACACUGCCGCUGACCACAACCAGCAGGCACGUUGAGCAAGGCAUGAGUCUAAAUUUGGUGGAGCAGGAUUUCCUUGACAUUCUACAGUUUGCAGAGCAGUGCCAUCCUGACAGCACCCCCGAAGAUCCGUCUCAUCAAGGUAAGUGCUGGCUUCCCAGACACUUUUUAUAUUUCAUCAUUGGCCAAUCUUAUGGUUUAAAGUGAAGCAAACGUGUCCUGGCACCUGGAAAGUUCUUCUUGACCUCAGUUUGUGGACGUGGGUCUUCUGGAACAUGCAGGGCGCCCCACAGAGGCUCAUGCUGGAUGGAACUCAGGAGAAAAGGAUGCAGGUGAAGCCAUGAUCAGGUCUGAAGUCCGGAUUCUUUGCCUUCUGCUGCUUCUCAGCUGCCUCUCCCAGCUGCCUUAUCCCGGCCUGUUCAACCUGAAGCCCGGCCCGCCUCAGCCCCGUCUGCACGCUCCUCAGAGAGGCAUCCACGUCCUGCUGUGGCACUGGCCGUUCAGCCGAUCUUACAGCCUGAAGGGGGACAAAUGUCUUUCAGUGUACAGCAUCAGCCACUGCUUCCUGACGGAUGACGCCGAUGCGCUUCCCUCAGUGGAUGUGGUGGUGUUCCACCAUCAGGAGCUGAGCAGUGGGGCAUCUGCCCUCCCGCUGCAUCGCUCGGCUUGGCAGAGAUGGGUCUGGAUGUCUCUGGAGCCUCCAGUCAACAACGCCAAUCUACGGCAGCUCAAUGGCGUCUUCAACUGGACCAUGAGCUACAGGCGGGAUGCAGACAUCCCCAUCCCAUAUGGGAAAACGGUGCCAGGAGUUCACAGGUUAAGCUUCCAAACUGCAACAAACCGCUCCUACUUCGCCUGCUGGCUGGUCAGCAAAUACAAGCCCAGUCAGGCUCGAGCUAGUGUUUACCAAAGUCUGAAGAAGGACAUCCCUAUUGAAGUGUUUGGAAAGUGGAAGAAGAAUCCGCUGCCAGACCACAUGCUGCUCCCCACCAUCUCAAACUGUCUAUUCUAUCUGGCCUUUGAGAACUCGGAGGCAACAGACUACAUCAGUGAGAAGCUGUGGAGGAAUGCCUUCCAGUCAGGAGCCGUUCCUGUAGUCCUGGGCCCCAGCAGGGCCACCUAUGAGGCAGUGGCCCCACCUCACUCCUUCAUCCACGUGUCUGACUUCAGGAGCACCGCUGAGCUGGCCACCUAUCUGAAGCACGUGGCUGCAGACCGGCAGGUCUACGAGGGCUACCUGCAGUGGCAUCACACCCACACCAUCAGGACCCUCACCGACUGGAGGGAGCGGCUUUGUCACAUCUGUGUACGUUAUCCCAGCCUGCUGGCCACCAAAGUCUACCAGGACCUGGAGGGCUGGGUUCAUGGGUAGUCCCUCACCUGAUGGGGGCCGCUCCAGACCAGGACAGACCCUGUCAUUUAUGAAUCAGUGUAAGAGGUAAAGUAGAAUAAAGAUCCUCUUUAGAACUGUGAUCUGCUUUCAUUACUGAGACCUUUACAUCAGAGGUGAGAUACAGGGCUCCAUUUCUCCCUGUUUUCCAGCAUACCUGCUCUGGGAUGCUCUGACUGUCUGGACACACCUGGUCCAGGUGAUCAGCAUUGAGUGGAGCAGGAAAGAAAUCACUGGGACAGUCCAGUUCUUUAGACCAGGGGUGUCAAACUCAAUCACACAAGAGGCCAAAAUCCGAAACACACCUUAGGUCA